CCUCCCACGGCUCCGGGAGCCUCUCCUCUCCCGCCCCAGAAGUUCAGGGGUCCCCGCUCGGCCUCCCGCGCUCCGGCCGCCGGGACCCUCCGCCUCCGGGAGCAGCCACCUCGGUCCCCGCGAACAUGGCGAGGAGGAGCCGCCGCUGCCUCCUGCUGCUGCUGCGCUACCUUGUGGUCGCCCUGGGCUGUCCUAAGACCUUUGGAUUGUCUGACCCAAAAGACCAUCAAGUAAUCACAGCAAUAGAGUAUCAAGAGGUUAUUUUAACCUGCAAAUUCCCAAGGAGGACCCCGGCCUCCAGAUUAGAGUGGAAGAAACUGGGGCAGAGUGUCUCCUUUGUCUACUAUGGCCAGGAUCUCAGAGGUGACUUUAAAGAUCGAGCUCAGAUGAUGGAUUUCAGUAUCAGGAUCAAAAAUGUUACAAGAAAUGAUGCCGGGAAAUACCGUUGUGAAGUUAGCACCCCAACUAACGAAGGCCAAAGGCUGGAAGAGAACACGGUCACUCUAGAAGUAUUAGUGGCUCCAGGAGUUCCAACGUGUGAAGUCCCCAAUUCUGUUCUGAGUGGAACUGUGGUGGAGCUGCGCUGUCAAGACAAAGAAGGGAACCCGGCUCCUACAUACACGUGGUUUAAGGACGGCACCCGCCUGUUUGGGAAUCCCAAGCUCGACGCCCAAGUCACCAACAGCUCAUACACAAUAAAUACGAAGUCUGGAACUCUGUUAUUUGCUCAGACUUCAAAAGCAUGAAACUACCCAUGUCUGUGGUACAGCUGCAAACAGAAGCUGUUGGAACUUUUUCAGUUGAAGGACUGCCUCUGUCCUCCUAUUGGACAUGAAUUCACUCCUGGUUCAUGUUGCAUUCCAGAUGAUCUCAACGUGAGUGGCAUCAUAGCGGCCGUGGUGGUAGUGGCCUUAGUGGUUUCCAUUUGUGGCCUUGGUGUGUGCUAUGCCCAGAGGAAAGGCUACUUUUCAAAGGGAACCUUCCAGAAGAGUAACUCUGCAUCUAAAGCCACUCCAAUGGGUCAAAAUGAUUUCAAGCACUCAAAAUCCUUUAUAAUUUAAAAGAAUUCCACCUUUGAAAUACACCAAUACCACAGUUGUUCACAAGUUAUUAAAAGAUUAUAACACUCUGCUUUGUCUUACAUUUGCAAAGAGGUACAUAAGGAGAUGAAAUUGGUAUUUUAUUAAAAUUUUUAUGAACACUAAA